AUAACCUUUCUUUUUAGAACCCUAUUAAAUGCGGAAAAGAGGUAUUGGGCGACGGAAAUAGAAGUUUUAAGAUUCGUUUGGGCUAUAUUAAAAGCCAAAUAUUGGAUCAACAUUACUAAAGUUAGAAUAUAUUGUUUUAUAGACUAUUCAGCAAUUUUAAAUAUAAUAAGAUAG